CCGCAAGGUCACAUGACUAGUCGCAAGAGAUCAUUCAGCGGUGUGCAGAAGCUUUUUUGGGAGAGGGGCGACGCGUUUGUGUGCACUGGUUGAAUCUAUUUAUAGUGUGAUCAAUACUGGAAAAUUUGGGAAUACAACCUGGACGACAAGCAAAAAAGCGGCUCCUCAUUUGACCGGACCUCCAGAUGCGACGGGGACAUUACAUCCAUGGAUCAAAUAAUGCAAACACUGAUGCGACUCUGACAGGGAUGACUCGUGCGACGACGACAGCCACGUUGGCCUUUCCACUUCCGAUUCGGGCUUCCCCAUGAUCAGCUCAUCUACCUAUGAAGAGGUAGCGCUCACUGACAUAUUGAUGUUCAAGAUCUCUCGGAAACCAACCUGUGUGAUAAGGGGAGAAUUGAGGAUAACGGAACUAGAGAUAGGUCCACUGGGGCAUGAUGAUAAGCAGCAUCUUCAUCCUGUGAUAUAAGCUUGUCCUCUGCGGAGGAGGCGCAGGCUGGUGGGGGCAUGGCGACGGUGGAGGGUCGUCCGGCCCAGUAUGGGGUCACGGUGCAGCAGCUGCGGGAGCUCAUGGAGACCCGCGGCCAUGAGGCCAUCCAGCGGAUCCAGGACGAGUACGGGGGCAUCCAGGACCUCUGCAGGAAGCUCUACACCUCACCCACCGAUGGACUGAGUGGAUCUGCGGCGGACCUGGAGCACCGGCGGGCGACGUUUGGGGCCAACUCGAUCCCGCCCAAGCCGCCCAAGACGUUCCUGCAGCUGGUAUGGGAGGCACUGCAGGACAUGACGCUCAUCAUCCUCCAAGUGGCCGCCUUUGUCUCCCUCGUGCUCGCCUUCAUCGAGCCCGAGGACCACGACGCCGCGGCGCAUGGCAAGCCAAAGGAGCCCGGUGAAUCGGAAGCUGGGUGGAUAGAAGGUGUAGCUAUUCUAGUGUCUGUAGUAAUCGUGGUUCUAGUGACUGCAUUCAAUGACUACACAAAGGAGCGGCAGUUUCGUGGACUCCAAAGCAGGAUAGAGCAGGAGCACAAGUUUGCUGUGAUUCGGGGUGGUGAAGUGCACCAGAUCGCCGUGACGGAAAUUGUCGUCGGUGACAUCUGCCAAGUCAAGUAUGGCGAUCUUCUGCCUGCGGAUGGAAUCAUUAUCCAGAGCAAUGACUUAAAAAUCGAUGAGAGUACACUAACAGGCGAAUCGGAUCACGUCAAAAAGGGAGAACACAUAGACCCCAUGUUGUUCUCGGGCACACACGUCAUGGAAGGGAGUGGAAAAGUUCUGGUAUCUGCCGUUGGCGUCAACUCUCAGGCAGGCAUUAUCCUCACUUUGCUGGGAGCUGCCCACACAGAGAGCAAAGAGCAGAAGAAAAAGAAGAAGAAGAAUAAAGACGCUAAGAAGGGUCAUAGAAAGAAGAAAGGGGAACCAGCAUGCUACGUCGAAGCUGGCGAAAAGGAGUUGUCGCCACUCACCCAGCCUGACCCAAAUGGUAGUGUAUGCCUCAGCAAGAACGACCACCAGACGGACGAAGAAGCGGCCAUGUCUGGGAACUCGCACUUGGGCAACAUCACUGCCAACACUCACGUGGAACCUGCCCGCGCGGAUUCCAUUGUCGCAGCCAGCUCUCCGGCUGAAGACAGCAACCCCCGCAAAGAGAAGUCUGUGCUGCAAGCCAAGCUCACCAAGCUGGCCAUCCAGAUAGGAUAUGUUGGAUCAACGAUAGCAGUGCUGACAGUCAUUAUUCUGGUGGUGCGACACCUGAUUGAGGUGUUCGUGGCGGAGGGCCGCCCUUGGAGAAGCAGUGACACCCAGCACAUUGUCAACUGUUUCAUCAUUGGCGUCACUGUUCUGGUGGUGGCUGUCCCAGAAGGUCUUCCAUUGGCUGUCACUCUCUCCCUCGCCUACUCUGUAAAGAAAAUGAUGAAAGAUAACAAUUUAGUACGUCACCUAGAUGCCUGCGAAACGAUGGGUAACGCAACAUCAAUUUGCUCGGACAAAACCGGCACCUUGACAACCAACCGCAUGACUGUGGUGCAGAGCUACAUCUGUGGUGUUACUCAUAAAUCAUCACCGAAAUAUGAAAACCUUCCACCUGCUGUCGCUGAAAAGAUAGUGUACGGCAUAUCAGUCAACAGUGCCUACACAUCAAGAGUUCUUCCUCCCGAGAACCCGGGCGAACUUCCGAAGCAGGUGGGCAACAAGACGGAGUGUGCCCUGUUGGGCUUUGUGCUUGACCUUGGCAAGGAUUACCAGAGCGUGCGGGACGACAUCCCCGAGGAGAUGCUGCACAAGGUGUACACCUUCAACUCGGUCCGAAAGUCCAUGAGCACCGUCAUCCCUCUGGACGGUGGCCGAGGAUAUCGCGUCUACACCAAAGGCGCGUCGGAAAUCGUCAUGAAGAAGUGCAGCUUCAUUUUUGGACCUAAUGGUCAACUGGAGAACUUCAAGCAAGAGGACCAGGAUCGCCUGGUGAGGACUGUCAUUGAGCCCAUGGCGUCCAAUGGGCUGCGAACCAUAGGCAUUGCCUAUAAGGACUACAUACUGACGGGGUCAAACACCAAGGCCAACGAGGUAGCGAUCACGCAAGAGCCCGACUGGGAAGAUGAAGACAACAUUGUCAAAGACCUCACUUGCCUCUGCGUGGUUGGCAUUGAAGACCCCGUACGCCCUGAGGUACCAGAGGCCAUUCGUAAGUGCCAGCGAGCGGGCAUCACCGUUCGCAUGGUCACUGGGGACAAUGUCAACACAGCGCGUUCCAUCGCGCUCAAAUGUGGCAUCAUCAAGCCGGGAGAUGACUUUCUUGUUCUCGAGGGCAAGGAGCUCAACCGGCGGAUACGAGAUUCUAGCGGCGAGAUUCAACAAGCACUGCUAGACAAAGUGUGGCCCCGCUUGCGGGUGCUGGCUCGAUCGUCCCCACAGGACAAGUACAACCUGGUCAAGGGCAUUAUAGAAAGCAAGGUGCGCGAAAACCGAGAGGUCGUCGCUGUGACAGGUGACGGCACCAAUGAUGGGCCUGCCCUCAAGAAGGCAGAUGUGGGGUUUGCCAUGGGCAUUGCCGGCACAGAUGUGGCGAAAGAGGCCUCCGACAUCAUCCUGACCGAUGACAACUUCACCAGCAUUGUGAAGGCUGUGAUGUGGGGGCGGAAUGUCUACGACAGCAUUGCCAAGUUCCUUCAGUUCCAGCUCACUGUGAACACAGUGGCUGUCAUUGUUGCCUUUACGGGUGCCUGCGCCAUUAGGGACAGCCCCCUGAAGGCGGUGCAGAUGCUGUGGGUGAACCUUAUAAUGGACACCCUGGCGUCCCUGGCACUGGCCACAGAGCUACCCACAUCCAGUCUGUUGCUGCGCAAGCCCUACGGCCGCACAAAGCCGCUCAUCUCGCGCACCAUGAUGAAGAACAUCCUGGGGCAUGCCAUCUACCAGCUCACCGUCAUAUUCCUGCUGCUCUUCCUUGGCCCAGAGAUUUUCGACAUCGACCCCGGCAUGGGGGUGCGUCUCUCGGAGCACUUCACCAUGAUCUUCAACACGUUUGUCAUGAUGACCCUGUUCAACGAGGUUAACGCCCGCAAGAUUCACGGGGAACGCAAUAUUUUCGAGGGCCUCCUAACCAACCCCAUUUUCUAUAGCAUUCUGAUCAUCACUGCAGUUGCUCAGGUGAUAAUAGUGCAGUACGGUAGCGUGUUUUUCCAAACGAAGGCCCUGUCCCUGGACCAGUGGCUGUGGUGUGUGUUCUUUGGUUGUGGCACACUGGUGUGGGGCCAGCUUGUGACCACCGUGCCGACCAAGCGCAUCCCCAAGACCUUCACCUGGGGAUCCGGCGCGCCAGAAGAGCUGCACGCCACGGCCUCGCUCGUCGAGGACGGCAGCUCUGGCUCCCUCUCACAGGACGUCAAGCGCACGGGACAGAUCCUCUGGAUACGGGGACUCACCAGGCUGCAGACACAGGUGAUUGGAGGAGAGUUGCAGGAUCGAUUGAUUCCAGUUCCCUACAGCAAGAGUGCAACAGAUCAAGCUGCCUAUCAUUCUGAUGUUUUGGCGAAACAAAUCCGAGUAGUGAAUGCUUUCCGCAGUAACUUAGACGCUCGCAAUAAUCCUGCCUACCAGACCGCGCUCCUACGGAAGGCGUCGGCUGCUUCCCCAUCGGGCACGGGCACCGGCUUUGUGCGGUCUCAACUGCACUCGCAGCCGCACACGUCCACGUCGGCCGCUGCGGGAUUCGCCUCGCCCAAGGAAGAGACGGCUGCCUCAUCGGUGGCGGCACCUAGUGCCGCCGCCCCUGCCUCCUCGCCCCCGGGCCGGGAACCUCAGCAAGCGUCGUCGCCGCCAGGUGGCCCCAAGGAAGGCGACGCGACAUCCAAUCACAGUGUCGAGACUGCCGUGUGAAAGAAAAAAAAAUAAUGAAAAAAAAGUGGCCGCGAGAUCGGCCCUUCUUCCUCCAUGCCCGUGUGUUUUUUUGGACGCGCACGCUACCACGAUGAUGACGCCGCUUUUUCUCUCUUUCUCUCUCUCUCACUGUCCCUUCUCUUGUCUCCCCGAGUUCCCGUUGAUCGCGCCGUAUGGCGCUGUUAACAGCGUCGCUUUCGAUUGUAACAUUGUGUGUGUGCCUGUGUCGCCGACCCCGAUUUCCUUUUCACGCCGCUGCCGCGCAUUCACUUUGACCGCCGGAGAGAUAUCUCGAAUGCACACAGCACGUGUUACCUCCCUCCCCCCAUGUCUGGCCCAUCCGCCUCUCAUUAUUACCGUUACUUCGCGCACCUGUCGGCCCGUCGCCGAACUUGGCUUCCUCGGCCACGACAUUUGAUUCAGUCGCACUUGCGAGAAGCAGCGCCCUUGUCUUGUAUGUGUAUGCGUGUAUGUGUGUCAGUGUCUAGGUCUGGCUUUUUAUGCCAUUGAACGAAGGUUAGCCGAGACGUGCGACGGAAACAGAGCGAAAUGCGUGGAGAUUGAAAAAAAAAAAGAAAGAAAAAUGUAGGCGAGUGUCUUCGGAGACUCGCGUCUCUGCAUCCGUUCGCUCUAUCUCCCCCGCUACGUAGCACGUGCCCGCUGAGAGAGAAAAAAAAAAGUGCAGUUUCUCGUUUUCAUGCUCUUUCAGUUUUUUUUUUCUUAUUUUCUUUUCCUGCCUUCUUACGUAGCUCAAAGUUUGUCGCGAUCUUAUUCUAUAUCGGUUACGAACCGACGUGCGAGUGUCGGUAGCACGGGUUGCGGCACUGUAGUUCAGUCACUUGAGCGGUUGUUGGCGGUUUGUUGGCUCGUGGGGCUGAGCGGUCGCGGAUAAGAUGGAGGAACGUUGUCAUGGCAACCUCGAGGCGCCCGCGCCCGGUGUCGCCCCGUCAAUCAAAGCUUUGAAGGCACUCGGUGUUAUCGUUGACGAAACGAAAACUGAUCGACGGUGUGGAAAUGUUUUGCAGUGUGUGUGUGCGAGCUUGAAAAAAAUGCUAGCGGAAAGUGUCGUUGGGACAAGGUUGCCUGAGAGAGAUAGCUCCGUUAAGUUUGUGCAUAUUUUAACGCUGGGCAGCGCUCCGGAGGAGCAUUAGAGAAACGUACUCGAGAAAUGCUACACCAAACGUGCGAGUGAGUUCAUUUUCUUUAGCCUUUUUUUAUUUUUUUGCACAGGUUUACUUACUCUUUCACGCGUUUGUUCUGUCUGCAGUGUGUUCGUAAAGUGCUUUAAAUCGUUCUACUUUAACCCCUCGCAUUGCCCCCUUCCCCUUUCUCACUAAUUUCGCUUACGAAUCAAAUUGUGACAGAGGACUUGUCGUACAACAUGAUUGUUAGUUACUUCGCAGUGCUUGCUGAAUUGUAUGUUAGUCGUAUACAAAUAUAAAUACUAUACAGAUUAUAUAAAUAUAUAUAUAAAUAUAUGACGAGCAUUUAUUUUAGCAUUACAUUGCAAUGUCGCGAGUAAGUAGGGGGAAGAGAGGGGAGAGCGCGCAGUUUCACGCAAAAAAAAAAAAAUACUAGUAGCAAAGUUUUUUCAGUACUUCGCCGGAGCUGGUGGUAGCAGCGGAAAACACAUAGUAGCGGCCGCGCAGGUUAAGCAAAACAAAACAAAAAAAAAUGGCUCAAGCUGUCCCCGCCUGGCCUCCGUGCGUACGGCUUUUGUUGGGCUUGGUAGAUUUGCAUGUUGCCGAAGUUGUACCUUGUUAUCGAGAGAGACAUGCCAUUCACCCACCGUGCACCCCCACCCCACCCACCCCGCACUCCACUUUUGUGUAAACUCCGAAUCCUUGCAAAGGGCUGCCCGCCUUGUUGACGGAAGGUCGAUAUCCAAUGCCUGUCUCUUGCUAUUAAAACUGCACCUCGCGUCUCUGAAGAAGCAUGCGUGAAUGAGUUUUUGAGUGUACGCCUACACCCUCCCGUCUAGAGUUGUAACAUAACGGAGGCGAUCGAAGACGCGUACAAAAGAUGAGGGGAAGAAAAAAAAAGGUGUUGGAAUUGUGUAAAUGUUUAUUGCGCCCAGCGUCCCGCGUCACUCUUGCCUUACAUGACCUCACGUGUCACGUGGCUCGCGCGGCUGCGCCUUAUUGGCUGUGAAGCGAGCGGAGCCCGUGACGUAACCCGCACAUUUUUCCCGUAUAGCCCUCUUCCCUUCUUUCCGCGUUAUUCCUUAAUCCUCGAGAGAUUGAAUAACACACCCCCUUCCUUCACCAAGUAUCGAGAGAUUCCAGUUUUCUUCGUGGUGUUGAAAAGAGAACACUAAUGCAAAGUGUGAAAGUUGCUGCUGAGAAAGAAAAAAAAAAAGUGCUUCGUGAACAUACCAACUUUCCUUUCCUUUCUUUUCCUUACAUAUAUCUAUGGCAUAUACAUAUAUACAUAUAUAUAAAUAUACAUAUACGAUAUAAAUAUACAGAGAGAUAUACAUGCCUAACCUUCCCGACCUAACCCGCUCUCUUAUAACAAGAAAAAAAAAAGUGUCUCCUUUUUGUCACUUCCGAGGUAAAAACCGAUUUGGUCGGCAACGCUGGCGCCAGCUCUGCACUUGUACAACGAAUACGACGGGGGUUUUUCUCGCGUUUAGAAGAGUCUCGGUGAAGAAAAGUUUGUUUUACUCUUCACGGAAUGCAUGGUUCGGUUUUUUUUUUCGUAUUUUGAAUGCUCGUUUUACCUUUCUUAAUUUCUCUGCCUUGCUUGCACUGUUGUCGCAGUUUGGCCUUCGUUUUUUUUUUUUUUUUUGGUUGCGCGUGCGUCCUAACAAAGACAAAAGCUGAAAAAAAAAAAAGAGGAAGACUUGCGCAGUGACGUGCUGGAUGUCUUAGACUGAAGGGUCCCGCUGUACGAUAUUGAAAAGGAAAAAAAAAAAAGGAACUGACGACGGAAAUGCGUUUUGUGUUCGUUGGCCGAGCUCGUUCUAAGCUAAAGCAUGAGCGUGGUGCCUCACAUAACUCGCGUUCCCUCGACUGCAGUAGUCAUGAUGAAUCAGCAAAACAACCAUCGUUUUCGCGACGCAGAAGAGACGAAUUCAGCUUCAUACUCAAUGCCAUCAUAAAGCUCACUGUUUUUUUUUUUCUUUAGAACGUGACGCGUGCCUUCUCUGGUUGCGCAGUUUCUCAACGUAUCGGAGACAGGGACGCCAAAGAAUGAGAUCGUCUCAAAUAACAUUAUGCAAAUUAACAGAUACACCCCCGAGCUUGGCUCGAGAAAUGUCGACUCCGUUUUUAGAGCAAAGGCGAAAUUUUUUUUGACAUAAUGCGUUCAUGCCCUCAAAUCUUUUCCGCCACCCCCCCACCCACCGCUUUUUUCGGAAUAAGCGUGGGGUCGUUUUGUCUAUACGUUUGUUUACCACGUUCUAGCAAUAUGUUUCGCUAUCGCAUGUGCAUGCCACAGCCCACGAAUGCGUUCGGUGACCCGCACUCGUUCGCUCAAGUGUUCUCCGUCAUCCCCCCCCCCCCCCCCCCACCCUCCGCAAUUAAUAAUCUUUAAUAAUCUUCAAGCGGCCCAGCGCAAAUAUCGCCAAUAAGGAACUGUACUCCUCCUGGUAGCGUGAUCUUAUCGCAGUCCUCGAUCUGGAGGCGCGUUGGAUCGCCAUGAUUCUUGCGAGCAUGAUUCUUUUCUUUUUUUUUUUUUUGCGUCCAGCCAGUUUGAGAGGACUAUGAACGUGCGUAACUGACAGCAGUUGUUAUUUGAUACGUAAGCGUACACUUACAAGGACACAAAGGAAAUGGGGUAUGGGAACAGGCUGACCACUGCCACAGAGGGAGGCACAAAGCCUAUCUGCUCUUUUGGGAGGAAGGAAUAAAUAUAGAUCGAGAUAUGAAGAAAAGUGGGAAAUAGGCAAAUGACGGGAAGCACAGACAAAAUUGAAGCAGGAACACGAAUAUAGCUCUAAAACCGGGAACUCAAGUCACGCAUGAAAGUUAGCGGGACAAGAUGGGCCUGCGCGUGUCGAGCAACCCACUCUCGAGUUCAGUCAGUCUAUAUUCCUUAAUUAGCGAUUUAUACGCCGCCGAAGGAACGUAAGACACAUUAGGAUAAGAUUAGCGCACUGUAACCGGCACGCAGCAAGCAUUAGCGAAAGGAAAAUCGCAGCAAGAAUGAUGGCGACCAACCGUUUUUCGACAAACGCACAGUCUUUCGUCAGAGGUUCGGAGGCCGCUCGCGCUUGUGGCAGGAACGGUUUUCGAGCCUUGCAUUGAGAUACUUGAAAGACUGACAGCGCUGCUGAAAGUGUUCAUAGUCUUGGAACAGUAUACUCCCGAGCUUGAGAGCGACAGACGUAUUCCUUUGCAUAGGGGCCGGUUGGCCGGUGAUGUCACUUUGCGGAGGGGUAUUGCAUUCUUCAGGAGGAGUCCAGUGUUCACGCGUGCGUUGCUUUCCGCCGUACCUUCUUUUUUUUUUUUUUUUUUACGCUGGCUGUCUGUUAUACCUCUCUCAUACGCCACUCGUUGACGUCACGGGCAUACUGCCCAGCUUGUUGUUACAUCUAUAGGUAUAUAUAUAUAUGUACAUCUUGCUUUCCUAAUUCGCACGUUCGAGAUGCAGAGCGUGCCUUGGCCACUGUAGUAUUCGCCACUCCGUCGCUUGAAGAUCGAAGUGAGAAGGCAAGAGCGCGGAAAUCUAGUUCCUUUCCGCACGAGCUUAGACUGGUGCAAGGUUUUCGAAGCGUGGAGAUGCUUGCGAAGUUGUACUCGCGACGAGGGCAGAGUCGGUUAUCGGCAACUGAAGAAGAGUACCAGAUGAAAAGCUCUUGUAAAAGGAAAUGGGGGAGGGUGAGCAGCGGAUUAAAAAAAAAACAUCCGUGUAGAAGUUGAGGAAAAUGCUCAUUUUCGCAGAAUCGUAACAUUUCACCGCUUUACGCGACUAAACACUAACCACGAUAUACUAUCUGUAGAGGUUGGGCGCGUACGUUUUGGAAAGCAGGGGUGUUGAUCUAACAUUCGCUCUGGCUCGCUCCCGUGGGGCUUUUUUUUUUUUUUUUCGUUGCGCGAUUUUCGACUUCGUGCACGGAGACCCAAUAUGGCACAGCGCUACGUAUAUCCGUGUCCGUUUCUUACGGUGUGAAUCGAACUUGCCUAGAGUGAUCAAGUGACUGGCAGAUUGCUGUUCGAGAUGUUCCAUGUGGUGUACGGGCCGAGCAUACAUGACCAGGCGUGGUUUUACAGUAGCAUCGGCCCGUACUUUUUCGCACGAAAUGCGGCAUUCAAAUCAGCUCAGUUGAUCACUCUAGCCAAGUGCGACUCGCAUUAUACGUGACAAGAGCAAGUCACCGAACCGCACCUAACAAAGCCAUCUGUAGCAACCGAAUUUCAACGCCAACGGCGGCGAACUCAUGUUCGAAGCCUCGUUUGGAUCGCGUGGUCUGGGCAACUUGUCUUCCGUCGCCUCUAUUUCUGAUACGAACGUGCUUGCACGCCUCGCGUUCCAAUAUCGGUGCCCUUAGGCUGAGCUCCCGGGUCGCACGGUUAACGCGCUCACAAAACUUUUUUAACGCCAACUUUCGCGGCGUUUUGAACGUUUACUUUCUCUCACACCUCAGUGUUUACUCGUUCGUGUUUUUCCCUGCACGUCAGUUUUUCCCGUGCUCGUGUUUGUUUUCGAAUUCAUUGCCUGGUACUUUCAAAGCAUGUUCUACGCAGUAGCCAAAGUUGUACGUUUGCCUGCACCGUUCCGUUUCGUAUUGUUUCUUAGAGACUAGCAACGCUAUUGCACCUUGCCGAAGAGGCCCGGAGGCGGGAGGAAGCGCGUGCGAUCUGUUAAGGGUCUAGACUUUACGGCGAGGCCAUAUUGUGCGCUUAAAAAACCACGCGUCUUCGACGACGCCUCAGGGCGCCCUCUUCUCACGUUCUGAGCGGUGGCCGAGUUUCAAGGAAGUUGCAAGAAGUCCUUUUGGGGGUGGGCGCUUUUACAGUUAUAGGGAGUCAUACCACAAACACACACUCACACAUCGCGUAAAACUAUGCGUAAGCUAUUACCGUUAUUAUUGCCAGUUGCUGUUGACUGUUAACGAUCGCGCCAGUUUUUUGGUUUCUUGUUUGGCUGUUGUCUUCAUUUUUGCUAACCUCCCUUUCCCGUCUAUUUUUUUUUCUUCGAUCUCGUUUGAGGAACCAAGCUGUCCGUAGCUUUCCCUUCACGCAGGGCUUCUGGCCGUUGGGGUGGGUCGGUCUAAGAUAUCAUUAAAGCUAUCUCUAGCAAACUGUAGGCAUCUUCGAUGGUCACGAUACCAUUCUAGGGCCCAUUUGAAACUUUUUAAAUGCUACACACAGUUGUGGUGUUAGAAGCUAGUUGUAUUUCGCCUUUUAAGUGUCUGACGUCCAUUGUGGUCAAGUUUUGGAAAGUCUGGGUGAAUAUUGUUCUUUUUUUUUUUAAUGGUAGAACUCGCACGACUGCAAUCAUCUGCAAAGCAAACUUGUGUCACUCCUCCUGUUAAACUUGCCCUUUUUUUUUUUUCACAUCGCGAGAGUUCUAUACACCGAUCUGCCUGCUGCGUGCUUGUGUGACGACCAUCUUUGCGCGUCAAUGUUCAUUUCGUCAAAAUUGUCAUAGCUUUCUUAUAUUCUCCUUUGCGUGCCUCUUGUUCAAACGUUGCUUUGCUUUCCUCUAUGAGCACAUCAUGAAGUGAAUGUUCUAGAAAUAAAAAAAAAACGAAAGUCUUGGAAAAAAUAUAUAUAACACCUAGUGAGACGUAAAAAAAAUUCUGUGUGUUAAUUAUACUGAAUGCAUGCCCGCACUUGUUUUCAGGGGUAAUUUAUGCAACAACUUAUCGGUGGUACAUCGCGGCAAGUGCUUUGCAUUUGAAACAUUCUGCAUCAUAAUGACCGUUCAAUGCCAUUGUAAAUGAAUCAUCAACUUCAUCUUCUGUUGCGAAAUAAAGUUACCCAGCUCUUG